CGCCGCGGAUGGCGGGGGACCCUCGUUACCCGUGCUCCAUGGCUGGAUUGUGGAAACGGCACCCGGCUGCAGGUUGCUGAGGAGCUGAUGGGACGAGCUAGGGGACCGGCAGUAGCAAAAGAGCUCUGCUUGUCUCAUCAGCAAGAGAGAUGGAAAGUUUACCCUGCUCUUAUCACCAGGUUGUUUGGAGACUCAAAAAAGAAAUGCUUAAUUCAAUAAAGCAGAGGGAAAAAACAUGGACUUUUAGCAAUUAAAGAACAAAUUAAGGUUACUGAUUUGGGAUAUUGGUGUUACCGUUUUUGAAGACAUUUUUUUCUCGUUUUGAGCCUUUUUUGUUUGUUUGUUUGUUUGCUCUGUUUUUGUUUUUUGUUUUUUUUUCCAAUUCAUCUGUUUUGGAACACAGAAGAGGAACCAGAAAUACACUUGCUUGGUUGCACGUAUGAAACGCUCGUUUCUGAGAAACUCUCACAGCAGCUGCCCAGCCAUGUGGCCACUCCAGCUCCUGAUCAUCACGAUGCUCUCAGCGCCAGUGGUUCACGGUGGCAAGCACAGUGAGCGACAUCCAGCCCUUGCUUCUCCGCUGCGACACGCCGAGCGCAGCCCAGGAGGUGCUCUGCCGCCCGGACAUCUGCUUCAGCAGCCGGCCGCGGAGCGCGCCACUGCUCACCGUGGACAAGGGCCCCGUGCAGCUGCCAGAGGAGUUCGUGGUCCAGGUGCCCAAGGAGCGCAGAUUGCAGCCCAAGGUGCGGCCAGCGCUUUCAGCCGCGCCCCGAUCCCCAUGGCCGUGGUCCGCAGGGAGCUGUCCUGCGAGAGCUACCCCAUUGAGCUCCGCUGUCCGGGCACCGACGUCAUCAUGAUUGAAAGUGCCAACUACGGGAGGACCGACGACAAGAUCUGUGACUCCGACCCAGCUCAGAUGGAGAACAUCCGAUGCUACCUGCCCGAUGCCUAUAAGAUUAUGUCUCAGAGAUGCAAUAACAGAACGCAGUGUGCAGUGGUGGCAGGUCCUGAUGUGUUUCCGGACCCAUGUCCAGGAACCUAUAAAUACCUUGAAGUGCAGUAUGAAUGUGUCCCUUACAAAGUGGAACAAAAAGUUUUUCUUUGUCCUGGACUACUGAAAGGAGUGUACCAGAGUGAACAUCUGUUUGAGUCUGACCACCAAUCCGGGGCAUGGUGCAAAGAUCCUCUGCAGGCCUCUGACAAGAUUUACUAUAUGCCCUGGACUCCUUACCGAACUGAUACCCUGACUGAGUAUUCAUCCAAAGACGACUUCAUUGCCGGAAGGCCAACAACUACCUACAAGCUCCCUCAUAGGGUUGACGGCACAGGAUUUGUAGUAUACGAUGGAGCUCUGUUCUUCAAUAAAGAGCGCACCAGGAACAUAGUUAAAUUUGAUUUGAGGACUAGGAUAAAGAGUGGAGAAGCAAUCAUAGCGAAUGCCAAUUACCAUGAUACUUCCCCUUACCGGUGGGGAGGCAAAUCCGACAUCGACCUGGCAGUGGAUGAAAAUGGGCUGUGGGUAAUCUAUGCAACCGAACAAAACAACGGGAAAAUUGUCAUUAGUCAACUGAACCCUUACACCCUACGGAUUGAAGGGACAUGGGAUACUGCAUAUGAUAAAAGGUCAGCUUCCAAUGCAUUUAUGAUUUGUGGGAUUCUGUAUGUGGUCAAGUCUGUGUAUGAGGAUGAUGACAAUGAGGCCACUGGGAAUAAGAUUGACUACAUUUACAACACCGACCAAAGCAAGGAUAGUUUGGUGGAUGUACCCUUCCCCAAUUCAUACCAGUACAUAGCAGCUGUGGAUUACAAUCCCAGGGACAACUUGCUUUAUGUAUGGAAUAACUAUCAUGUCGUGAAAUAUUCUUUGGAUUUUGGACCUCUGGAUAGUAGAUCAGGGCAGGCCCAUCACGGACAAGUUUCAUAUAUUUCCCCACCAAUUCACCUUGACUCUGAACUAGAAAGACCCCCUAUGAGAGGAGUUUCUACCCCAGGACCUCUGGGCAUGGGAAGCACGACCACCAGUGCCACCCUCCGCACCACACCCUGGGGUGCCGGCAGGAGCACCACCCCCUCGGGAUCCGGAAGAAGAAACCGGAGCACCAGCACCCCAUCCCCAGCCCUGGAGCUGCCGGGCGACGUCACCACACACCUCCCGUCCGCAGCAUCCCAGGCCCCCGCCCUGGAAGAGAGCUGCGAGGCCGUGGAAGCGCGAGAAAUCAUGUGGUUCAAGACCCGCCAAGGCCAAGUGGCCAAACAGCCGUGCCCUGCAGGGACCAUAGGUGUAUCAACUUACCUCUGCCUCGCCCCUGAUGGAAAUUGGGAUCCCCAAGGACCAGAUCUCAGCAACUGUUCUUCGCUGUGGGUUAAUCACAUAACACAGAAGUUAAAAUCUGGAGAAACAGCAGCCAAUAUUGCUAGAGAGCUGGCCGAGCAGACCAGAAACCAUCUGAAUGCUGGGGACAUCACCUACUCAGUCCGAGCCAUGGAUCAGCUCGUGGGGCUCCUGGACGUGCAGCUCCGAAACCUGACCCCAGGUGGGAAGGACAGCGCGGCCCGCAGCUUGAACAAGCUUCAGAAAAGAGAGCGCUCUUGCAGAGCCUAUGUCCAGGCAAUGGUCGAGACAGUUAACAACCUGCUGCAGCCACAAGCUCUGAAUGCGUGGAGAGACCUGACCACUAGUGAUCAGCUCCGGGCAGCCACCAUGUUACUUGACACUGUGGAAGAGAGUGCUUUCGUGCUGGCUGACAACCUUCUGAAGACUGACAUCGUCAGGGAGAACACAGAUAAUAUCCAAUUAGAAGUUGCAAGACUGAGCACAGAAGGAAACUUAGAAGACUUAAAAUUUCCAGAAAACAUGGCCCAUGGAAGCACUAUCCAGCUUUCUGCAAAUACUUUAAAACAAAAUGGUCGAAAUGGAGAGAUCAGAGUGGCCUUUGUUCUGUAUAACAACUUAGGUCCUUACUUGUCCACGGAGAAUGCUAGUAUGAAAUUGGGAACAGAAGCUCUGUCCACAAAUCAUUCUGUUAUUGUCAAUUCACCUGUUAUAACAGCGGCAAUUAACAAAGAAUUCAGCAAUAAGGUUUAUUUGGCUGAUCCUGUGGUAUUUACCGUUAAACAUAUCAAGCAGUCAGAGGAAAAUUUCAACCCCAACUGUUCAUUUUGGAGCUACUCCAAGCGUACCAUGACAGGCUACUGGUCAACACAAGGCUGCCGGCUCCUGACAACCAACAAGACACACACUACUUGCUCUUGUAACCACCUGACCAAUUUUGCAGUUCUGAUGGCACAUGUGGAAGUUAAGCACAGUGACGCUGUCCAUGACCUCCUUCUGGAUGUGAUCACAUGGGUUGGAAUUUUGCUGUCGCUUGUCUGUCUCCUGAUUUGCAUCUUCACGUUUUGCUUUUUCCGUGGGCUCCAGAGUGACCGGAACACCAUCCACAAGAACCUCUGCAUCAGCCUCUUUGUAGCGGAGCUUCUCUUCCUGAUCGGAAUAAACCGAACUGACCAGCCUAUUGCCUGUGCUGUCUUUGCUGCCCUCUUACAUUUCUUCUUCCUGGCUGCCUUCACCUGGAUGUUCCUGGAGGGUGUGCAGCUCUACAUCAUGCUGGUGGAGGUUUUCGAGAGCGAACACUCCCGCAGGAAGUACUUCUAUCUGGUGGGCUACGGGAUGCCCGCCCUCAUCGUGGCCGUGUCAGCUGCCGUGGACUACAGGAGUUACGGGACAGACAAAGUAUGUUGGCUUCGACUUGACACCUACUUCAUUUGGAGUUUUAUAGGACCAGCGACCUUGAUAAUUAUGCUUAACGUAAUCUUCCUGGGAAUUGCUUUAUAUAAAAUGUUUCAUCACACUGCCAUACUAAAACCUGAAUCAGGCUGUCUUGAUAAUAUCAACUAUGAGGAUAACAGACCCUUCAUCAAGUCGUGGGUUAUAGGUGCAAUAGCGCUUCUCUGCUUGUUAGGAUUGACCUGGGCCUUUGGACUCAUGUAUAUUAAUGAAAGCACCGUCAUCAUGGCAUAUCUCUUCACCAUUUUCAAUUCUCUACAGGGAAUGUUUAUAUUCAUUUUCCAUUGUGUCCUACAGAAGAAGGUGCGGAAGGAGUUUGGGAAGUGCCUGCGCACGCAUUGCUGUAGCGGUAAAAGUACAGAGAGCUCCAUUGGCUCAGGGAAAACAUCGGGUUCUCGAACUCCUGGACGCUACUCUACAGGCUCCCAGAGCCGAAUUCGUAGAAUGUGGAAUGACACAGUAAGAAAACAAUCCGAAUCAUCCUUUAUUACUGGAGAUAUAAACAGUUCAGCGUCACUCAACAGAGGAGCCAUGGCUAAUCAUCUUAUAAGCAAUGCUCUGCUUCGUCCGCAUGGUACUAACAAUCCCUAUAAUACAUUGCUUGGGGAACCGGCGGUCUGUAACAACCCUUCCGUCAGCAUGUACAACGCACAAGAGCCCUACAGAGAGACAAAGGGGCUUCUGAACAAUGCCAGGGAUACAAGUGUCAUGGAUACUCUACCACUGAAUGGUAACCAUGGCAAUAGUUACAGCAUCGCCGGUGGCGAGUACCUGAGCAACUGUGUGCAAAUCAUAGACCGAGGCUAUACCCAUAACGAGACCGCCCUAGAGAAAAAGAUUCUGAAGGAACUCACGUCCAACUAUAUCCCUUCCUACCUGAACAACCACGAGCGCUCCAGCGAGCAGAACCGGAAUCUGAUGAACAAGCUGGUCAACAACCUGGGCGGAGGGGGCGAAGACGACAGCAUCGUCCUGGACGACGCCACGUCCUUCACCCACGAGGAGGGCCUGGGGCUGGAGCUCAUCCACGAGGAGUCGGACGCGCCCCUGCUGCCGCCGCGCGUGUACCCCGCGGAGAACCACCAGCCACACCACUUCUCGCGGAGGCGGCUCCCCCAGGACCACAGCGAGAGCUUCUUCCCCCUGCUGAGCAACGAGCACACGGAGGAGCUGCCCUCGCCCGCCAGGGACCCGCUCUGCACCAGCCUGCCGGCCCUGGCGGGGGCGCCCUCCUCGGGGGACGGCGGCCCCGCGCGCGCGCACCCCGAGCCCCCCGCCGCCCGGGGCGCGGACGCCGCCGCCGCCGCCGCCGAGGACGCGUACUACAAGAGCAUGCCCAACCUGGGCGCCCGCGCGCACGGCGCCCCGCUGCACGCCUACUACCCGCUGGGGCGCGGCAGCAGCGACGGCUUCAUCGCGCCCCCCGGCAAGGACGGCGCCUCCCCGGACGGCAGCGCGGGCGCGCGGGCGCCCCCGGCCCACCUGGUCACCAGCCUCUGAGGACGCGGCGUGACCCGGUGCACCCCGACCUUCCCGCUGGCGUGCUGCGAAGACAGGAACUCUGAGACUUAAUUAUUAUUAAUUAUUAUUAUUAUUUUCUUUCCAUUCUUUUUUCUUUCUUCCUUUCUUGCCUUCCUUUUUUUUUUUUUUUUAAAUUGGGAUUUUUGAGGUCAGCCCAGGGGAGAGAUAACUGCUGGGGUUCCCUUGAGCCCCAUCUUUUUUGCCCUUGCCCCCUCGGAGGGGAGGGAGACUUCAUUAUGCUAAUGAAGGAGACCCGAAGAGCGCGCGCCCCUGUGGCCUCGCGGAGCUCUGCCGUGGUGGUUCCGCCCUCUCUGAUGCUCUGUCACUAGAAUUAGCAGCUCCCGAGUGGACAGCAGGACGGCCUGAGACGGGUCCAGGGCCGCGUGCAGCUCGGAGCGCUGCGGGCACGCCCAGAGCAAAGCGAAACUGCAGCCCGCAGUGGUUUACGGUCACGCACGGCAGGAGUCACUGUGGAUCGCCCAACAGCAGGAUCAAUAACGAAGUGGAGGGGAAUUCUAGAAUUAUAUGCUAAAUGCAUAUUUUAUGACUUGCUGUAUUAACUGAUGAUAAAACUAAUGGCAGAAAAACAUUGAACAAUUUCUAUGUAAUGUACAGAUACUAGCAUUGCACACAUAGUCUGCUUUCUGUUCUGCAGAAUUUGAGUCCUGUUAAUGUAGUGGGAAAAAAAUUUUUUUUUCGUGCUAGUCUUGCAAAUUUGUCUACCAGGAAAAGAGCAAAGGUUCCUUCCUUUCAUUUUCUUUUUCUUUUCUUUUUUCUUUUUACCUUUUUUUUUUCCUUUAAAAUUUCACUUGGCAAAAAAUAAAUGAAUGAAUAAAUAAAACUAUCACUUUAUAAGAAUCAUUUUCUAGUAAUGCAAACAAAUUAUUUUUUACAAAAAAUAAAAUAAAAUAAAUAAAAUUAGACUUCCUUCCCUCACUAUAUAUCUUUACCCAGCCAGAAUAUGUCAAAUAGCAUUUUUUUUUUUUUUUUUAAAUUAGAGCAGGACGGACUGUUAUGUUUACAGGGCGCCUCUGUUGUAAGGCAAAGCUUAUUUGGCGAGCAGUUCAUCACCAAGACGGUAGCUAUGACUCCGGAGGUCUGUAGAGCUGAAGAGGCCUUUGCAUGUGAAAAAUGAUAUCCCAUAGGCUUUAAAGUGAUGAAUGCUUAGUCUCAACCCCACGUGGGUACCUGUCCUACCAAUGUUUGGACGGAAUUCUCUCCCUUGUAGUGCAAAUUGGAACACAAAUUAUUUUAAGCAGUUUUAAAAAAGCUUCUGCUUAUUAACAAGAAAACUAUUUAUUUGACAGGAUUUUAAGUAUGUAGGAAUACAAGUGGUAAAUUAGCAGCACAUACACUUUUUUUUAAAAUUUACGAUCCAUUUUGUAUGGUCACAAAGAUGGAUGACCUCAUUACUAAUAUUUGUUGUAAAAGUGAAACUUGUUUGCCAACCAAUAAACAACUGAUUGAGAUUUAGAAGAUAUUGUAUUGAUGUAUGUACUAUAUUAUUUUCACUUUUCUCGUCUUUCUUUCCAUUUUCAGUAUAUUUGCUAAUUGCCUACAACCCACAUGACCCAUGCAAAAAAAAAAAUAAUAAUUCUGACGCAAUGAAUAAACUAAGCACAAAAUGAAGCAAUUUUUACAAACAACGUACACUAGAAAAAAUAGAAUGGAAAUGUUUAUAUUGGUUUAAGCAAAAUGCAUAAAUUAUUAUCAAGCAGGUUAACUUAUAGGUUACUAUGAUAUAUAUAUAUAUAUAUAUAUAUAUAUAUAUAUAUAUCAGCUAUAGUAGGUAUGUUUGUUUUAAAAGCCAGGUUCAACUGAAUAUUUAAAUAUCAUGUAUUUAGGAAGGAGUAUAUUAUUCCCUCUUUUUAACAUUUCAUUAUGGUGGAAAAAGGAAAUAUUUAAAUUCACCCAGUUGACUAUCAGCCGCAAAAAUCGUGCUAAAAAGAAAGCCUGUUGUAAAGGACAGUGUAACACAGCUUUUGUGCUAGGUUUUUGUUGCUGGUGUAUAUAAAGAGGAAAUAGAGAAUUUCUCUAGAUCUCCAGUUAUUGCAGACUUUCUGUCAGCAGUGUCCAAGCAUGAGGCUCCUUUUAAGACAAAGCUAAAAGUAAACUUGCCAAUUUACAACUUUUCUUCUAGUAUAUCUUGAGACUUUGUUUUUUCAAAAAUUUACACACAUCUCAGUCUAUAAUGAAUAUCUACAUUGAAAUGAGAAACAGUAUCUUAGAGAAUGGCCACAUAUAAUACAUACAUAAUUUGAAAAUAUAUGAUGAAAUUUGUUCUAGCUAGAGUGUAUCUUAAUCUUUACAUCAUCUCCAAAUUUUUUACACUCCGUUCCUUUUUAGUCAUUUGUAUUUUUUUAAAGUUCAUAUGUUUUUUAAAGUUGGACGAGAACCACAAGCUUUAGCAGUAAUUAUGUUUCCUUAUGCCACAGUGUGGUAUGUUGGCACCUGGCAAGAAACAUGUUUAAGAAAUAUCCAGAACACACACGCUGUCUGUGGAUUAUGUCUGAUUUGAUGAGCAGCAAAUUUUUCAGUAAGAAGAUAGUUUCACAAACAGUGGGGAAACUACCUCAGUUCAGCUUGCUGAUUUUCAGACAUUGCUACCUCCCUGCCUGUGAUCUUUUGAGUUUCAUUGUAUGGAAUGUUCUAAGAGGCUGCCCCAGCUCUACACAAACCAAGUAAAGGAAAGAUCACUUGAAUAUGUAAAUCGGUGCAGAAGACCUUUCAGUACUAUUAACUACUGCCAAGCUCUUACUCAAGUGGAAGGGGGAGAUUUUUGACCUUUCAUGCCAUAAUUGGUAUGUUUUCAGAGGAAAUUAAGAUCCCAAAGAUUUUUCCAGGGAGAGAUUGUUCUUUCAAAGGUUGUGUUACUCUAAUGAAAACAAAACAGUAGAUUUAGUAGUUAAUGGUGCAUACUUUCAACAUAAAUUUGUAUAUAUGUAACAUAUAUCCAUUUAGUCCUGGUAUUACUAGCAAGAGCUGAAUUCCCAAAUUUGAGUUUUUUCCCCCACAUGCCUUUCCAUGUAACUCUGCUAAUGUGUUAAUAAUUUUAAUUUUUUCUUCUUUGUAGUACCUUUUGUUUGACUCCAGUUUUUCGAUGCCUUCUGACAUUCAUGAAAUAUUUACCAACAUAUUUAUGUAUAUUUAUCUAAUUUCCAUUAAAAAGUAAAUUUACAUCCAGCAGACACAGCAUAUAUGAGCAUAUGCAACCUACUAGAAGGGAAAAUGAUACCUCUGAAACAUACCAAUUAUUGGACCUCAUAAAAGAAAAUUGUAUAAUCUUUCACAUUUUUUUCUGAAGUCUAGGUCAGAAUAUUUUGUCAAGACUCUAGCAGAUAGACAUCAUGUUAAUUGAUUCUGAAGUCUUGUUGCCUUUGUUUGCAACUGACAAAAUUUACAAAAAAAAUCCAAAUUUUGUGGAGAACUAGGUUGAAAUUUCAAUUAAACCUUAUGAGCAUCCGUCUUUCUUUCUACUCUGUUAAAAUUGGACAGAGUAGAAGUAAUAUAGUAAGCUAAAAUAUUUAUAAUGGUACCAAAAACAGAAGCAAGAGCCAUUAUUUUGAAAUGUAAACAAUUAGAAAAAAAAGUGUAAAACAAAACAGAUGAUAGAAAUACCCUUAACAUCCCAUACAAAAAAGUUCAUGAUGACGGUAAAACACAAUUUUGCAUCUGUAUUUUAAGAUUCCCACUAUAAUUUAAGAGCAUUAACAGAGUAAAAAAAAUUUAAACUUUAAUUUACUUAUGAUGUGAUAAAUCUUUUCAUGAAAUGGAAUUAAAUAUACAAAAAAUAGGCAAAGUUUAUAAAGGAUCCAUAUCACUAUUUUUAGACAAUACCUUCGGCUUUUUCUUACACAUGUUCAAAUCCACUGACUAGUUUACUUAAGGAUGGAAACUGAAAAUAUAUGUGGCUGGCCUUCUAUUAAUGUAUAGACCAAAAACAACAACAACAACAAAAAUAGUUCUUGGUUGCCUGAUGAUGGAUUGUGGACUAAACUACAUUUAGCCCCUAUUAAUGAAUACUUGGUUUUUUGAAGUUGCCCAUCAAUAUUGAAUUAAAGUAUACUGAAUUAAAGUACUAACUCAAAUAUUUUGGAAAAACAAAUCUAAUUAGAAUAUUUUUGAAAACAAUUAAAAAUAAAUGCACAUCACUUUCAGUUUAGAGAGUGGGAAGAAAAAUUCAAAAUCUCAUGUGGUAUUAAGCAUAUAUAAAGAUAUUGGCAUGAAUGUCCUCUAACAAAAAUAUUGAGAUAAAAUAAUAACAUGUAUGUAUCUCCUAGUCUUUUUGUAGGUCAAGAUAUUAAGAUUUAAUUAGUUAAUGUUUAGUAAUGUAAUUCAUCACAUAAAUAAAUAUUAUGUAUUUCUCAGUUUUACUUUGUGCCUGAUGUUUGAUUUCUACACAUGGAAAAGAUGACAUAGGCACAAAAGCAAAGAAUCUGUACAGUAAAACAGAUUAUAAAUUCCAUAUAUGAACCUGUUUUGAAAUGUUGGAAUAGAUUCAGUAAGUCCCAACAGGAAAUUCAUUCUUGUAACCAGCAAAUACGUUUGUCUUAAUCCCUUUGAAAAAUAUUAGGCAUUUACAUUUUCACUUGCAGCUAGCAGAAGUCAAAAGUAUUGUUAGCUGCUUCUUUUCUUGUUGGACCAUAAAAGAUGCCUUUCCUAUAUGCUAAUUUACCUGGCUUGUGUGUCCACUCUCUAGGGGAAAUCAAUUUAGCUUUCACCUCUGUACUUACUUGCCUUCUGAUUGAUGUUGAUUAAAGAUUUCAGAAGAAAUGGCAUUUUUAUAAUUAUUGCAAAAUGUUUAAGUAGUUUUGCAUAGUUUCACUUGAUGCAGUCAUUGCUAGUCCUUUUCUAAAGAAUUAAAAAAUCAGCAUUUCUUUAACGUCGAUCACCUUUAAAUUACUGUUCAAAUGUCAUGAUUUCAAGUAUAUUUCAAUGUUUCUUUCUGUCUCUUAGUAGUUGCUUUGUUUUACUUACUUGAUAAUUUGAAUCCCACUGGAGUAUUUCAAAGCUUUAUAGAAACUGAUUUAUCUAGAGAAGUCAGAGAAAAGUGUGCAUGAACAAAGCCUGUGUUGUGAUAAAAUAAGUCUUUUCAAUUAACAAUAUGAACAGACGAACAGAACCAAGUUGGCAAAUUUAUGCUGAGGCGAAAGCCCUAAAUUUGAAUUAGAGAGAAAAUGUUAUUGUGAAAAAACAAUCAUUUAUGUGAUAAAACUCUUUAACACUGUACCAAACACUACUAAUUUGUUCAAAAAAGUAAAAUUGCAGACUCCCAUAUUAUAAUUUCAUCCUGUUAAUAUUCCAAGAAAACAGUAAACACUUUUAGCACUUCUUAGAUAUGUCUUGUCUAGCUAUCCUUGUCUUAAAAGAAUAUCAAUAUUUUGUAAAUGUUUCUAAAAUAUAACUAUUUUGCCUCAAAUCACCUUCACUCUCUCUAAUCCGAUGACUACUGUACACCAACACAGUGAAUGCUUCUAGUAGCUUUGUACCUUUUAGAGCUUUAUUAUGAAUCUUUCUAAUAAACAUUAAAUUAAUACUA